UGUGACAUGGCGGGUUACUCAAAUAAGGAAACAGAAGAGGGUGUGGGUUUAUUAUCUGGGGGAGAUCGAAAGAACGAUACCUUAGUUUUUGUCGUACCACAUAAGAUUGGUAAAGUUCGAUAUGACAUUUUGAAAAGUGCAAGUGAGAAAAAUAAAAUUUGUACGACAAAAACGUUUAGCUCCCAUGUUACACAUGUUGUGACAGAAUGUUCUUCAAAGGCUCAGUUAUUUAGGCUAAUGAAGUGGACGGAAGGAAGUCCUUUGUACAGGAGUGCCAGAUAUUUGAAGUUGUCUUGGCUCACAGACAGCAUCAAAAACAAGAGCCCAGUGGAAAUAGUGAAUUGUCACUUGCUCUCUGAUGAUGAAUUGGAAUCAAAAUGCCAAGAAUUACAUGCUGCUAAAGAGGAGAGCAAAUUAGUGUCCAAAUAUGAGUGCCAGCGGUCUACUCCUCUUCAUCACCAAAAUGAAAACUUAACUGAUGCAUUAAGUGCUGUUGAAGAAGAGGCAGAAAUACUAGACAGAAAGGAAGACUAUUCCAGAGCUUUAGCAUUUUGUAAAGCAGCAUGUUCACUGAAAUGCCUGACAAAGCCAGUCAGUAGCAUACAGGACAUAAAAGGUCUUCCAAAUAUAGGAGAUCACAGUAGAGAUAUCAUAAAAGAAAUAUUGGAAAAUGGCUUCAGCAGAGAAGUUGAAAGAAUAAAGAAUGACCAUUCACUUCAGAAAAAGAAGAUGUUUAUGAGUAUAUAUGGUGUUGGCCCAUCAACAGCAAGGAAGUGGGUUGAUGUCCUACAGCUUGCCACAAUAGAAGAUGUCAUAAACUGUCCUAGCAUCAAUCCUAGAAAAGAAGCCAGACUUGCGUAUGGAAUCGCUUUCCAUGAGGAUCUUAAACAACAAGUCGGCAGAACCACGGCAAUGAGAAUAAGAGAUAUUGUCCACAAUGAAUUAAAGACUUUAGAUGGUGAAGUUACAGUGGAAGUUACUGGAGGAUUUAGAAGAGGGAAGCAGUUUGGUCAUGAUGUGGAUCUGUUGAUAUCUCACCCAGUAGAAGGAAGGGAGACUGGACUAUUACAGAAACUAAUUCACAGAUUGAACAGUAAAGGAUUGAUAUUACAUGGUGUCAUGGAGGAAAGCACCUUCUCAGAGGAGAUGCUGAGUAAAAGCUCAAAACUUACUCCAAAAGGACAAUUAGACCAUUUUGAAAAGUGGAUUGGAAUUAUGAAAUUUCCAAAAAACCUUGAAACAACCCCUCAGGACAGUGUUAGGGACAGAAAAGAAACAAUCAAGGAUGAAUUCAAGGAAGAAGGAAAGAAAAGAAUAAAGUUAGAUCACAGUUUGACUGUAACUGAUCAUAAUCAUAUAGGUUCGGGACUCCAGGAACAGAUAAAUAAAAGUUUUCAGAAAUCCUCGACCUCAUAUUCUCCCAGUCCUGCUUCAUUACCAUCAUCAAGUGACUUAUCUGAGCUAGUAAAACUGGCCCAAUCCGAGCGUGAGUGGAGAGCAAGCCGCGUGGACCUUAUCAUAGCUCCAGCUAGUCAGUAUGCCUAUGCCUUGGUUGGUUGGACAGGCAGCAAGAUGUUCAACAGAUCUCUAAGGCUGUAUGCACAGAGAGAGCUGGAUAUGAAGCUCACCAGCCAUGGACUGUUUGAUAUGAAGCAGAGAAAGCCCAUUCAAGCCAGCAGUGAGCAGGAGGUCUUUGAGAUUUUAAAACUGCAGUACAGAGAUCCAGAAGAGCGUAACUGUUGAGAGAUGUUGAUAUGAUGAAAAAUUGUCAGUAUCAACAACAUUAUUGUGAUUGACUUGAUUAAACUGUGAUGCAAGAAAAGAAUAUUUAUUAUUAUUAGAUUCUUUAGAUUUAGAACUAUCCCAUUUAAUUUUUAAAUGAGUUUGAUGUACAUAUAUAUUGUAACAAUGUUAUAAAGAAAAUUUUGUGAUAAACUCUGCUUUAUCAGAUAGAAUAGAGGAAAUGAAAUAUGAAAUAACUUCUUGGUCAUUAAAAUAAAAUAAAAGGUAUCACAUUCAAAUAUCAACAUGAGCAGUUAUUUUUGUCACAAUUUAGUAUCACAAAUUUAGUGAUUUCUGCAUUGACAAGUUUUUCAGCAUCUUUAACCCCAUUUCAGCCAAAUUGCAUUUCUGUUUAAGUUAAAUUUAUUUUCACAGUUAAGUACUUUAAUGGUUUAUAGAUUAGCUAAAAGGCUACACUGAAUUUAUAUAUA